GUCACAUGAUUUGUGUCAGCUGAUCCAACAUGGCUGAGCCCAGUGUAGUUCGAUCACGAUUAGCUUCUUCUUUGCACGCAAGCUGAAGCUGCGGUUGAGGAUAGGAUCGUGGGUGUGGGCCAAACAUGAAAAUGUUACACAAAAAUAAAGUUGGACGCUAACUGUUAUUCUUGACCAAAAUGGAGCUGGCCAUUAAAAGAGACUUGAACAUUGACCAAAAACAGCUUAUAGCUGCUGAAGAUGGUAGCCAUGUGAUUGCAUUUGUUUCUCAGAAAUGGUUAGUUGCUCUGAGGGAACGGAAAGCGGUGCCUGUGCAAUGCCCAAGAGCGGACGGCCUCAGCAAUGUGGAAAUACAGACUUAUUUGCAACGAUCGGUACAAAAGUUACCAACUGGUUGGACCAGAAUAGAGAUUCAUGGCCUCAGAAAGGAUAGCUUAGACUACCCGGUGGCUUUAAGCAAUGACUUUUCACAAGGCGAGAAUGGAGACUCUGAAUCAGUGUUUAAGUUCAUGCAGAAUGUUGCGCAGCAAAAUUAUAAAAAUUUGUGGAACAGGGCAAGGAGGACUUAUGUGGAGCAGUAUGAGACCACAAACAAAAUGCCAAGUAUCCAGGCCUUGGAUGCACUUAAACUGUCUCUGCAGAAGGUUUAUGGCUGUUCCUUUAUUUUGAUUAAUAAGGUUUCAGCAAGUUUGUCUCCUUCCAAAGACUGCAGUGGUUGUGCUGUUGGUCCCCCGUGCUCUCCUAAUGUUGUCCCAGCUGAAGCUCUUCUGGAAUCUGUUGAUAUGUUGUAUAUAAUCCUCCCGUACAUGCAGUAUUCUUUGUAUGACGUUGUCACUUUUAGCCCGGCUAAACUUGCAAACAGUCAUGCCAAAGUCCUCUUUAUUCUUUACAAUGUACUGCAGGCACUGAAGGCUUGUCACAAAGCAGGCCUGUCCUGUGGUACAAUCUCUCUAAACAAUGUUGCUGUCGAUGAGAAACUCUGCAGUCGGCUGAGACCUAACUUUAUCGAUUAUGAAAGGCAGUUUGAUAGCACAUUAAACAAACGAGAAGCACCGGCAGCCAGUCAAGAGCAAGCGAGUGCUGUGGGUCUUUGUACUACCUGCAACAAUGAGCUGAAAGAGAUGGUGAUAGCCUGGAUCCAAGGAAGACUUGAUAACUUUGAUUACCUUAUGUAUCUGAAUAAGCUGGCUGGUAGAAGGGAGGGCGAUCCAAAUUACCACCCAGUUUUGCCCUGGGUUGUUGACUUCACUACCAAGAAUGGAAAGUUUAGAGACCUUAAGAAAUCAAAAUUCCGCCUAAACAAAGGGGACAAACAACUUGAGUUCACAUAUGAAAUGACAAAACAAGCAUUCGUAGCUGGGGGAGGAAGCACAGAUCAGUUCCAUGUCCCUCACCACAUUUCUGAUGUACUGUCUGACAUCACGUACUAUGUAUACAAAGCUAGGAGGACCCCAAAGCCUGUGCUGUGCAAUCACGUACGGUCCCAAUGGGAGCCAAAUGAAUACCCAGCAAGUAUGGAGAGAAUGCAGGGCUGGACCCCUGAUGAGUGCAUACCAGAGUUUUAUACAGAUCCCACCAUAUUUAAAUCCAUUCACCCUGACAUGCCAGACCUUGAUAUUCCAUCUUGGUGCAGCUCAUAUGAGGACUUCAUCAAUGUUCAUCGUGCUCUUUUAGAAAGUAGGGAAGUGUCUCAGGAUCUUCACCACUGGAUAGAUCUCACAUUUGGAUACAAGUUAACAGGAAAGAAUGCAGUGAAGGAAAAGAAUGUUUGCCUGCACCUGGUGGAUAAUCAUACUAACCUGACUUGUUAUGGGGUUGUACAGUUAUUUGAUCAACCACAUCCAAAACGGGUUUUUGGCUCAGGAUACGCUUUAUUCGAAGCUCCUACGAUAUUUCCAUCCAGUAAACAUAACAAUAAAGUUAUUGUAUGUGAAGAUAAACAGAUUGUCAAUGGAAAUGUGAUAGAGGCUACUGUUUGUGAGACCCUUUGGACUGGUGACAAAGUAUCCGCUGGUGAUGAAGAAUUAGAGCAAGGUAUGGAGGCUCUAGAUUCCAUUGGUGGAACAGUGAAAGGUAGUGACCAGAGUUCUAUCCCUUCUCUACAAAUUACUAGCCCAACUACCUUCAGUGGGGAAAGCAGAAUUCAGGCAAGUCGAUUAAACAAGCAAAGCAGACCGGUAACAUGCAAUGAAGAGAGUGAUGGAAAGUGCGCCCUUCCUGAGGGAUUUAACCCUUUACAGAUCCUGGAAGAACUAGAAAAACUGGACAACUUUUUAGUUCGUGGCUUGCACAGCACCAUCCUGCCGGUGAACAAAUGUCAAGAUAAAAUUCCGCUGAGUCUUUUAGAUUUUUUUCAGAGAGAUAUCCAAGCUUUGGGCAUUAUGAUUGCUGAGAUAGUGUUUUCACCAAGGAUCCGUGCCAGAACACCCAAACCUUCUUUGUUGGAACGCUAUCUCCUAGUACGGAAUCUUUGUAGGCACCAUCACAAAGAUAUUCCAACUCCGCUAUUGCAAAUGCUAGAGUGUUUGCUGCAGUUACACACACCAAAAGAUAUGCUACUGAAGGAUAUGAAAGAUGGGGCACGUGUUCACCUUUUUGAGUUCCCACAUAUUUCUAAUGGCCUUCCUCCACCUUGUCCUUCACAGCUCCUUAGCCCUUUUUGUUCAAUCAUCCCUUUCCCUACAUACUUCCCAAACCUGCACAGAUUUAUUUUAACGUAUCAGUCAAGAAGAACAGAGGAUGAGGGCCAAGGUCGUGAACUGGUUUUUCAGCUAUGGCAACAAAUGGAUGGUAUUCUUUGUGACAUCACGCCUGAAGGAUUAGAAAUUCUUCUUCCAUUUGUUUUGUCUUUAAUGACUGAAGAAACCACAGCGGUCUAUGCUGCUUGGUAUCUUUUUGAGCCAGUGGCCAAAGCUUUGGGUCCUAAAAAUUCAAACAAAUAUCUUCUAAAGCCACUUAUUGGUGCUUAUGAAAGUCCAUCGUACCUUCAUGGAAGAUUUUAUCUUUAUACCGACUGCUUUGUAGCCCAACUAAUAGUGCGUUUAGGUUUGCAAGCAUUCCUUACAAAUUUACUUACCCACGUACUGCAGGUUCUUGUUGGGGUGGAGAGCUCAAGUGAUGAAGGCAAACUUUUGUCAGGAGCAGCAGAAGAUGAAGAAAGUGGAGGUGACAGUCCAGUAACAUGUGAUUUUGAAGGAAGGCAGAACAGUGUAGAUCACAGUACUUCUUCUCAUGAGCUUCUGGACUACACUUCUGGGGUCAGCUUCCAUGAUCAGGUUUACCUUACAGAAAAUGAAGAUUUCCAGAGUGGACUGUACGUCAGUGAGCCACUACAACCUCAAGAGCCAGAGUCUCUGAGUUUAGGGAGGUUGAGCGACAAAAGCAGUGCCAGUGAGGUUUCCCUUGGUGAUGAAAAAGUCACAGACUGUGAUUCCCUUCGUGAUAAGGGAAGUCUGAAGUCAGGAGACAGCAGCCAGGAUUUGAAGCAUAGCGAAGAAUCUGAAGAAGAGGAGGAACAAGAAACUUCUCCAGGUCCAUCAGAGUUGACGUUGUCCGUCAUCACUGAUGCAUCUGUUGACACAAUUCAAGCCAAUGAUAACCAAGACCUCAAUGACGAAGAGCCUGACAUAAGUAACCAUAGUGAGGAAAAGGAGAAAAAGAUAUUAAUUGAUACUGCCUGUAAGAUGGUCCGAUGGCUCUCGGCCAAACUUGGUCCAACUGUGACCUCCCGGUCUAUUGCCAGGAAUCUGCUGAGGUUGCUCACGUCCUGUUAUGUUGGUCAUCAGAGACAGCAGUUCCUGCCUAAUAUAGAGGAGAAUAGUCCAUUAAAUGUUAAGAGGCCAAUAUGUGGCGACCAGGUAUCGAAGCCUGUGCUUGACUGUCUCAUGUAUAUGGCCCACCUUUACGGAGAACCAUUUUUAACCUAUCAAUUCUUGCCGUAUAUCAGCUACCUGGUGGCUCCCAAUAGCUUGUGCAGACUAAACAGCCGAAAAGAAGCUGGGCUGUUGGCAGCAGUGACUCUGACCCAGAAGAUUAUAGUCUACUUAUCAGACACCACCCUGAUGGACAUUCUACCCAAAAUUAACCAAGAUGUGUUGCUGCCCGUUUUGGGUUUCCUGACGUCCACCACUGUUGGGUUCCCCAAUGGUGCCCAGGCCCGGAUAGCCCUGUGCGUAAAAUGCAGCAGUCUCAUCUCCCUAAUCUGCCUUCGCAUAGGACGAGAGAUGGUUCAGCAGCAUCUUGGUGAUGCCCUCCGGAUCUUCUUUAGUAACUUCACCUUACUUCAGGAACUCCGUGAACAGGGCUUUUUUUCCGAGACUCCUAAUAGCUCAGAGGCAUCUGUACAAAGUGUGCACGGCAAAGAUGGGACCAUUUGCUCGGUUGAUCUUGCUUUGCUAGAGGAGCUGGAAAAAGUCUACAAUGCAGAAAUGGCCUAUGCCACCUUCGUCCCGUUCUCUUGUCUUAUUGGUGAUGUCAUUGGUCAGUUGGUUCCUAACCAUGCUCUGAUUUGGAAUCUGACAAUGGCCUAUCAGGAAGCUGUGGUUCCAAAGGAGAUGGACAGCCAUGUACAACCCCUGGAAACCAGCACCAGAAUCCCACUGCACAGCACUGAGGAAGACACUCAGUCAGGGACUUUCGGCAGUGUCAUGGUUGGUAACCGAAUUCAAGUACCAAAAGAUAUCCACUACCCGGUAUCGAAAUCAUCGUGCUGCAGUCCAGUAAUGGAGAAUUUUCAAUGUGAUGAAAACUCUUUUAAGCAGGACCUUGAAAAGAGUACACAUGGACUAUGUGGAAACUGGUUGGCCUACUGGCAGUAUGAGAUUGGUGUCAGCCAACAUGAGCCUCAUUUUUACUUUCAUCAGAUUAAGCUCCAGAGCUUUGUAGGCCAUUCUGGGGCCAUCAAAUGUAUCCAUCCUCUAAGUGGAGAAGACUUCUUCUUGAGUGGAAGCAAAGACAAAACUGUCCGCUUGUGGCCUUUGUACAACUAUGGCGAUGGUACAAGAGAGAUUGAACCACGCUUAAGUUACUCCGAACACAAGAAGUCAGUAUUCUAUGUGGGGCAGCUGGAGUCUGUGCAGCAAAUAGUGAGCUGUGAUGGGGGAGUCUGCAUAUGGGACCAAUUUACAGGUAAAACUAUUCGUACGUAUGAGGCAGGGGAUACCAAAGUGCCGGUCACUGCUGUUGCCGCAAUGCCGCCUCCUUAUUGCAGCGUGACCAUAGGAAGCUCCGACUCUGUCCUUCGUUUCAUCGACGUCAGGAAACCAGGUCUUCAGCAUGAAUUUAAGCUGGCAAGCAAUGUCAACGCAGGGCUCAUCCGAUACCUGGCAGUUAGCCCCAAUGGACGUAGUGUUGUGGCAGGGUUUUCUUCUGGGUUUAUCGUGCUGUUGGACACCAGGACAGGCCUAGUCCUGAAAGGGUGGCCUGCCCAUGAAGGAGACAUACUGCAGAUGAAGGCAGCUGAUGGAAACAUUGUGGUGAGUUCUUCCUCUGACCACUCGCUGACUGUCUGGAAGGAGCUAGAACAAAAACCGUUGCAUCACUUCAAAUCCAACUCUGACCCCAUUCAUGCAUUUGAUCUGUAUGGCAGCGAGAUUGUAACUGGCACUGUAGCCAACAAAAUCGGCAUCUAUUCCCUUCUAGAUUCGUCAUCUCAACCGAACAGCACCACCAAACUUAGCUCUGAGAACUUCAAGGGGACGCUAACACAUUUAGCAGUUCUUCCCACAAAACGACUGCUUCUUCUUGGCUCAGACAAUGGAGUUGUCCGUCUUCUGGCUUAGAGGAUUAUUGGUUUCAUUCUAGUAAACCAUGUCAACUCAACCGUGAUCUCGAGCUGUUUAAAAUUGCAUUCAUAAAAGCCAUAGACUUGUAACAACCAAGUAUUACUACUGUUUGUCUAGAGGGACCAGCAUUUUGUGAGCAGGACAUGGAUAGAUGGGGUAUUUUUAUUCAUAAAGCAUUAUAAAGAGGUUCUGGCCGUGACGGUGCUAGCCUAUGUCCUGUUUUAUUGUAGAUUGUUCUAAAUCUCUUACUCGCAGGAAUUCUGUGCAUGUAUCUUACAAUACUGAGUAUAACAUCAGGCUCAAAGCUUCUUGUGAACUAUGUUCUGUGCAUUGUUUAGGAUACACAUAGUAUUAUAUCAACAGUGGUUUUUAUCCUUCGUCCGUGAACAAAGCUGCUGCCACUAGAGUUGAAAUCUAAAAUAUGAGUUGUAGAUUAUGCAGAUGAUAGAAGUGCCUAAAGUAAUAAUAAAAAAGUAUAAAC